AUGGAUACUACAAACCAAAUAAACACCCAGUUCCAAACACCCAAUCAACCCUUACCCAACCAAACAUUUACACCCAUGUCACCCUACGACCAGGCAGGCUAUCGUCCUGACAUUGCCUCAUCCAGCCAACCACCCCAAAAUAAUUAUGAAGGCAUGGGCAAUCCUUUUGAUUUUGAUGACUUUACGGAUAUGGACACGUCUACAUGGGCCGAAGUGAUGCAACUUCUUGAUGACAACACAGUGGACCCAACUCCACCACAAAGACCACCAAGAAAUGUACGUAAUCGAGAAUGUGGUACGGGCGGACAUUUAAACUGA